AUGACUUCUUCAAUUCCCGACCCACCACCUUUCUACACCCGUUAUACUGAUGCUAAUCUAAAGCUUCUCGAGAAGAUAAAGAAUUAUAAAGGAAACAAAAAAGAAGCCUUAAAUGAAUUCAAAGAUGAACUACCGCAAGACUUUGACAUUACUGAAUUAGAACCACCUCAACCUAUCGCUGAAGGUUCUUAUAAUGUAUUUGGUUUAACUUGGCAGGUUGUUUCGGUGAACGCGACUUUAGACGAAAAUAUCCCACGACUAUAUCCUGAAGGAGACUUUGAUCGGCAAACUGAACUCAAAAAGCUUAACAAAAGACUCUGUAGAAAAUUCAUUGCGUUACUUGGAUCGUUGAGUGCGGAGCCUUUUGAUGAAAGCAAACCAACCGCUAUCAGUAAGGAUUUGCAAGACACAUUUAUGAAUAUAAAGCAAUUGUUGAAUGAAUAUCGACCACAUCAAGUAGAUGAUUUUUUUUUAAUCUUGUUGCUCAAAGUAUUAGUUAAUCGACUAACUAGACUCGGUUCUAUUACAGGCACACGAUGCUCGCAAUUAAAAGAUCUGUUAUCAAUGGUGAAGCAUAAAUGGAGUACAACUGAUCAGUUAAAGAUGACUAUGCCGGACAAUUCUCAACUCGGACAAUUCCUUUCUACGCGCCAACAAAAUCCCCCAUCCACAUCAUAUAAUUUAAGUCCGGCGACUUCAAGUCAUAUGCUGCAAUUAAUCGAUACACUUCAACUACAGUCAAAAUAUGAUGCGUCUUGA